AUGGCUGAUAGCAGAAAAAUCAGAAAACCCUUGAUGGAAAAGAAGAGGCGAGCAAGGAUCAACGAGAGCCUAGAGAUUUUGAAGAAUAUCUUGAUAGAGUACGAUCCGGACACUAUAAGCAGGACCGGCCAGAAGGCCUCCAAACUGGAAAAAGCUGACAUCUUAGAGAUGACCGUGAAUUACUUACAAAAAAUGACCGCUUGUCACAGACAACAAUAUCCAGCGUAUCGGGCCAAACCGUAUGCAAGUGCACACUUUUAUCAACAUCAGCACCACCAACAUGGACAACUUAGGACGGCCGCUGAACAGUACCAAAUGUUCCCGUACCCCUCGCAACCUAACAGAAGGACUAUUUUGGAUCCUUCAAGGUACGUUCCCAAUUUGGAAAUGGUGUCACCGCCUACUUCUCCUGACACCGUUUAUCAUGAAACUCCUAAGGAAAACUAUCGUAGUCAAGAUAACGGAUUUGUUUCCGCCAAAGAUAUUGUGAAAAAAGAGGACAUUUGUGAGCCCAUGUGGAGGCCUUGGUGA